GAAAUGCUCACCAUGGGGAUUCGAAUCUCCAAGAGGUUCGUUUUUCUCUUCCCGACUCACAAGACGUCAGGCGCAAGCGUGGUGCCAGGCCAGGGCAGGCCUGGCCGCCUGCUGUCCCCUGACUCUUUGUCCUCUGCUGCGUGGAGGAGCUGGCAACAGGGUGUGGGCAGAAGGGCAGGAACGGCCUGGAUCUGCCUGAUGCUGGGGCAGCCGGGGCUCAAGACUUUCCCUUCCUUCUCCAGCAGACAACCGUCACGGGAGAGCGACCAGGCAUUUGGACUGGUGUAUCAGAGGCACAUCCGCUGCAAUGCCAGCAAGUGCCUUUGUCUGGGAGGCAGGGAGCAGGCAGAGGAAGAGGGGUCCUGGCAGAUGCUCCUGUGUAGCUCCUGCGCAGCCAAAGGCAUCCACAGGCGCUGCUCCUACCUGAGGAACAGCGCAACCACCUGGCAGUGUGACUGCUGUGCUGGCCUGGGCCCUGGCGCCAGUGACAAGUCAGAGCUUGCCAGCAUCAGAACCGCCAGCCAGGCGGCAUCGGGGCUGUCCCAUGGCUCCCUGGUGCCUGAGAGCAGCAGGCCCAGCACCAUCACCUACACACCACCGGGGCCAUCCCGCAGCUCCCCAGGGCCUGAAAGCAGCAGCCGCUCCAGCCACCUUGGGCCAGACCGCAUCCGGCACCGCUCACGCUUACAACAUCGGGCGCAAAAGCCAUACAGCCGGCCUGGCAAACCCCGUGGGACCAGCCACGUGCCAGCUCCAAGCGUCGAGCCGAGCAGCCCCAGCACUGCCUGGCAGAUGGCGCUGGGGCUGUUCCUCGGUUUGCUGGCGCUCCAGAGGAGCAGCUCCACCUCUGCCAGCCAGGCAGCGUCGGGGCUGUCCCGUGGCGCUCUGGUGCUCGAGAGCAGCAGCCGCUCCAGCCACCCUGGGCCAGACCGCAUCCGACACCGCUCGCGGUUACAACAUCGGGCGCAAAAACCAUACAGCCGGCCUGGAAGAUGCUGCUGACCAGUCAUGCGCCAGCCCUGAGUGCUGGCCCCCAUGCCCCAGCACAAUAAAGUUGGCUGCUCAUCUUAGCUGCACUGGGAGAUCCCACACUCGUUUGUCCAUCAUCCUCCUCUGCCCUUCUCAAGGGCCAGUCUUAGGGGAUGGGACUGGGGGUCUCCCUGCUCUUCUCCCCCAGGGUUGGCAGCAUCUUCCCCAGACCGGAAUUCCUCCCUAUGAGCUGGCCUUGGCCAGCUGCCCAGCACCUUGCCCAUGUGCUUCAGGCCUU